UUGGGGAGACAGGACCUCGCGGAGUGAAAGCCGGUGGAACGCCAUGGAGGGCGCCGGGGAGCAUCCAGACCCGCAGCCCCCACAGCCAAAUCCCCUACCCCAGCAGCCCGGAGACCACCGCAUCCGAGACGGCGACUUCGUGGUGCUCAAACGCGAAGAUGUACUCAAAGCGGUUCAGGUCCAGCGGAAAAAAAAAAUCACUUUUGAGAAGCAGUGGUUCUAUCUGGAUAAUGUCAUUGGCCAUAGUUACGGAACCACGUUUGAAGUGGCUGGUGGAGGAAGCCUUCAGCCCAAGAAGAAGAAGGAAGAGCUCACCUCAGAGACUAAAGAAGCAGGUGUUGACAAUCGAAACAUAGUCGAUGAUGGAAAGUCUCAGAAACUGACUCAAGAUGACAUAAAAGCUUUGAAGGACAAAGGCAUUAAAGGAGAGGAAAUAGUCCAGCAGUUAAUUGAAAAUAGUACCACCUUCCGAGACAAGACAGAAUUUUCUCAAGAUAAGUAUAUAAAAAAGAAGAAAAAGAAAUAUGAGGCAGUGGUCACUGUGCUGAAGCCCUCCACCCGGAUUCUGUCCGUGAUGUAUUACGCGCGAGAGCCUGGAAAGAUCAACCACAUGAGGUAUGAUACCCUAGCCCAGAUGUUGACGUUCGGGAAUAUCCGCGCCGGCAAUAAAAUGAUUGUCAUGGAGACCUGUGCGGGUUUGGUGCUGGGUGCAAUGAUGGAGCGAAUGGGAGGCUUUGGCUCCAUUAUUCAGCUGUACACUGGAGGGGGACCUGUUCGGGCAGCAACAGCCUGUUUUGGAUUUCCCAAGUCAUUCCUCAAUGGUCUUUAUGAAUUUCCCCUUAACAAAGUGGACAGUCUUCUAAAUGGGACAUUUUCAUCAGAGAUGUUGUCUCCAGAGCCCAAAGACAGCGCCACCGUGGAGGAGAGGAACGGCCUUGAGGAGAAACAGGCACCAGAGCAGGAGAAUGAAGACAGCGUGGCCGAGGCCCCAGAGAGCACCCUCCCCGAAGAACCAGAAAGCAUGGAAAUUGCUCUCGAAGAUCCAGAAUAUAAGGGACCUAAAGAGAAGGGAAGCAGACGGGAUUACAUUCAGGAAAAGCAGAGGAGACAAGACGAGCAGAGGAAACGGCAUCUGGAAGCUGCUGCUCUGCUGAAGGAAAGAAACGCGGAUGGUCUCAUUGUAGCAAGUCGCUUCCAUCCCAUCCCACUGCUGAUGUCUUUGCUGCCCUUCGUGGCCCCCUCACGGCCCUUCGUGGUCUACUGCCAGUAUAAGGAGCCUCUGUUGGAAUGCUACACAAAACUACGGGAAAGGGGAGGGGUCAUCAACCUCAAGCUCUCUGAAACCUGGCUCAGAAAUUACCAGGUUUUGCCAGAUCGAAGUCAUCCCAAACUGCUGAUGAGCGGAGGUGGCGGCUACCUCCUCUCGGGUUUCACUGUUGCCAUGGACAACCUCAAGGCAGACGCCAGCCUCAAACCAGACAGCAGCCUCAAACCCAUGGCGAGCACUUUAGAGUUGAAGACUGAGGAGCCAGCAGCUAAGAAACGGAAAUGCCCAGUGUCUGACUCAUAAUCUCAAACAAAUUGAUUUGAUUUUUGGUUCUCUGGCAUCGUACAGUUAGUAAUUAAAAUGGAAAUGCCAUUGGCCAUUGAUUUUCUUCCUACCCUAAGAAUAAGAAUGUGACACAUCCAUUCUUGGGAAGGAAGAGAAAGCCGUUUGUCUAUCUCUGGCACAGAUAGGUUCCAACUGUCGUAGCCUUGAGCCCAGAUGCCCCACCUGGGGGUGUGCAGUCAGUGUGCCCAUCAGGUUUGUACCGAGAACCCUUCCAAUAUUCCAUGCAAAUAUGGAAAACUUAGGCAUCCUGAAACUCUUACUUGUACAAGAGUUUAGAAGGCCACAGCACAGCUAAACCUUGGUGGGUGCUGACAGGAAAGAGCAUGUGCAGAAACUGUCCUCCUCAUUCGGUUCUUUUGACCGUAAGCAAUAUGGGUACGUGAAUGUGUGAGAUGAAGUACCAAAACCUGCCACCCGGCUCCCCACGGUGGAAUGUGUUCCUUUGUGAUGCUAGCUUUGACCAUUUUCAUAGUGACCGCCUGGGACAGUUUGGCGUCUGUAUUUAUUUUACUGCUUUUUAUGUGUGUGCAUGGACGGGUGGUGUACUGUUUUUUUCAUUUCGCAUUAAUACACCAAUCCUCCCUUUCUUUGUUCCAAAUAAAGUGACAGGAUUUCUGUGUAGUUUUCAGUUAAGAGAAUGGAAAUGGCUUGUUUUUUUUCUCUCCUCUCCCCCACCCCCCAAAAUUUAUAGCAAUUACAUAUGCAUACAUACAUACAUAGAGAUAUAUCUGCAGGGUCUUCAAGAAAUUUGUGAAAAACAGGUUGAAAGUUAAUGGAGUUUUUCCACGGACUUGUUGACCCCCCUUCGUACGUAUACGCAUAGGCAUAUGUGCGUAUACACAUGAAAACAGGAUCUAUUAAUAUACAUUAACAGUGACAGUCUUGUGCAGGACUUUAGCAUUCUCUGUAUUCCGGUCACUCCUUGUCAAAUGUAAUUUAAAGUGCCUUUUUUGCUGGUCUGUUAAGCUCUAGCAUGAUUAGGUGAUUAGCUUUUCUAUAUAUUUUUCUCUAAAUACGUAUAUAUCUGUAUAUAUAUUUAAAGAGUCAUCUGCUGCCGCAAAGAAAAGUCCCGUUUCCCAGUUGGGAUCUUGCUCACUAGCACGAGCGCGUCAUGUGGAUUGUCACGUCUUAGAACAGCCGGCGCUGCUCCUGUGCGGACUGUCACAGAGAAAGACGUGUCUCCUCCUAGCAUGUGUGAUUCUGAUCGUGGCCAGUAUGAUUACCAAUAAGUACAGGUUUUCGCUCUUUUUCUUAUUGCUUUGAAGAAUAAAAGUGUUUCAUACUCUGA